AUGUCAAAGCUUAACUUCAAAGUCGUUGAUAUGGAGCAAGCCAUGCAAGAGCAGGCUAGAAGAGUAAUCCCUACCAAUAUUUCUAAUACUUACUUUUAGUCAAUCUUUGAGGCAUUCGAGAACCUUAGAGAAGAGAGAUUUAUUGCCAACAAGAUCAGAGAUGAUUUCGACAAGAUUUUUGGACCCUCAUGGAAUGUCAUUGUUGGUAAAAACUUUGGAUCACACGUAGUACAUCAAACCAAAUCAUAUCUUUUUGCUUCUUACGGUGAUGAUGAAAUCUAUAUUCUUAUUUGGAAAUCUGGUUGA